ACCCCACGGACGCACCAUGCUUUUCUACAAUACAAAGCAUCAACUUCUUCACAACACAAGUACAUUAGUCCACUUGAGCUAGCUUAUAGCAACUAUGGCCAAGACGGCGGAGCCAGAGAAGUCAGUUGAGCUCGAGAAGGUGCCCGACCCUGAGGCCGGCGUGCCUCCCCCGGGAGCCGCGGCUCCUCCCUCCGGGCCACCCCCGGUAGUGGAUUUGGGCUUCAUGGUUGACGUGUUGCUUAGGGUUUUGUUCUUCGCGUCCACCCUGACCGCGUUGGUGGUGAUGGUCACAGCCAACCAAACAAACCCAGCAACGGCAGCCGCCCCAAGGCUUCCGGCUCCGCUCGAGGCCAAGUUCGAUAACUCACCAGCUCUCAUAUACUUUGUAGCAGCCAUGUCCGUGGCUUGCCUUUAUAGCAUCAUCACCGCACUCGCAUCAAUUUCUGUGAUCUUGGCCCCAAUCUUCGCAAAAGACUUCUUGCUCUUCUUUGUGAUCUGUGACGUGGUGAUCCUCGGCAUCAUCGCGUCGGCCACAGGCACAGCGGGCACGGUCGGCUACAUCGGCCUGAAUGGCGACAGCCACGUGAACUGGGGGAAAGUGUGCAACGUCUAUGACACCUUUUGCCAGCACAUCGGCGCCGCCUCCGCCGUCUCGCUCUUCGCCGCUGUCAUCCUCGUCGUCCUCAUCACCCUCUCUGUCGUCAAUCUCCACAAGAAGAUCCCCAAGUAGAAGGGGGGCGCUUUUCCUUGUCUGUCGAUCGCUCUGGUUGGGUUGUGCUCUUCGUGCGAUGUGGUCGAUCCUGCAUCGGCUGGUGCAUUGGUUUCGUUCGUGUAAAUUUACAUGUACAUGUUUUUUGGGUCGUCGUGUCUGGUUCUAGGAGAUGUCUAGAAUGUGUUUACCAAUGUGUCUGUGUGUAUCUGGGCCACUUGCUGACAGUGGGUAUUUAUGUCCAAUGUUAUCAUGGAAUGGAUGUCUCUACGUGAAGCAAGAACCUCGGUAUGAAUUA